AAAACCACCCCACUUUACAGAUGAGGAAAACUGAGGCCUUGAGAGGUGAGAUCAGUUGCCCAAAGUCACAGAGUUCAUCAGAGACCAGGCUGGGCUCUGAACUGGAUCUUGUCCCCAAGUCCUGGCCCUUAGCCACUUUGCUGGGCUGCGUCUCAGCAGAGAUAAGAAUGACUGUUUUCAAGCCUGUUUUCUGGGUUGUUAAACGGACACAAUGGAUACAAGGCAGGUUGCCGAGCGAGUCAGAUGAGACAGUGUAGACAGCAGCCGGCACAGGGUCUGCCGGGGAAGUUUCAACGUUAGCCAGGCGGUGAUGUUCGCCUUGGGAUGCCGUGGGGCCGAGGAGUGGGCAUCGGGUGAGACUUCCCUUGAACCAGCUCUGGAGCAAUGCCCUUGCGAUUGACACGAGAGGAACAGGGCCAGCUGGGGGCCAAGGUGACAGCUGAGCCCCCCAAGGGCGCCUGCUACCCGAGCCCCCGAGGCCUCCAUCCCAGGCCCGGCCUCCCCAGAGAAGGGGCCAGAGGAACAGCCAAAUCCCAAGGCUAUAAAUACCUCGGCUGGCGUCGGCCCUGGCCGUGGAAUGUCGUGAAAGAAUUCUUAGCCAAAGCCAAAGAAGAUUUUCUUAAAAAAUGGGAAAGUCCCGCUCAGAACACAGCCCACUUGGAUCAGUUUGAACGAAUCAAGACCCUCGGCACGGGCUCCUUCGGGCGGGUGAUGCUGGUGAGACACAAGGAGACCGGGAACCACUAUGCCAUGAAGAUCCUCGACAAACAGAAGGUGGUGAAGCUGAAACAGAUCGAACAUACCCUGAAUGAAAAGCGCAUCCUGCAAGCCGUCAACUUUCCGUUCCUCGUCAAACUCGAGUUCUCCUUCAAGGACAACUCAAACUUAUACAUGGUCAUGGAAUACGUGCCCGGUGGGGAGAUGUUCUCACACCUACGGCGGAUUGGAAGGUUCAGCGAGCCCCAUGCCCGUUUCUACGCGGCCCAGAUCGUCCUGACCUUCGAGUAUCUGCACUCGCUGGAUCUCAUCUACAGGGACCUGAAGCCAGAGAAUCUGCUCAUUGACCAGCAGGGAUACAUUCAGGUGACAGACUUCGGUUUCGCCAAGCGCGUGAAGGGCCGCACUUGGACCUUGUGCGGCACCCCUGAGUAUCUGGCCCCUGAGAUUAUCCUGAGCAAAGGCUACAACAAGGCUGUGGACUGGUGGGCCCUGGGGGUUCUUAUCUAUGAAAUGGCCGCUGGCUACCCGCCCUUCUUCGCAGACCAGCCCAUCCAGAUCUAUGAGAAGAUCGUCUCUGGGAAGGUGCGGUUCCCUUCCCACUUCAGCUCUGACUUGAAGGACCUGCUGCGGAACCUCCUGCAGGUAGAUCUUACCAAGCGCUUUGGGAACCUCAAGAAUGGGGUCAAUGAUAUCAAGAACCACAAGUGGUUUGCCACGACUGACUGGAUCGCCAUCUACCAGAGGAAGGUGGAAGCUCCCUUCAUACCAAAGUUUAAAGGCCCUGGGGAUACGAGUAACUUUGACGACUAUGAGGAAGAAGAAAUCCGGGUCUCCAUCAAUGAGAAGUGUGGCAAGGAGUUUUCUGAGUUUUAGGGGUGUGCCUGUGCCCCCAUGGAUUUUUUUUUUUUUUUUUUUUUUUUUGGUGGGGGGGUGGGAGGGUUGGAUUGAACAGCCAGAGGGCCCCAGAGUUCCUUGCAUCUAAUUUCACCCCCACCCCACCCUCCAGGGUUAGGGGGAGCAGGAAGCCCAGAUAAUCAGAGGGACAGAAAUAUCAGCUGCUCCCCCUCAUCCCCUUUGCCCUCCUGCCCCCUCCCCCACUUUUCCCUUCCUCCUUCCCCACAGCCCCCCAGCCCCUCAGCCCCACCCAGCCUACUUCUGCCUGUUUUAAACGAGUUUCUCAACUCCAGUCAGACCAAGUCUUGCUGGUGUAUCCAGGGACAGGGUGUGGAAAGAGGGGCUCACACUUAACUCCAUCCCCCACCCACACCCCCAUCCCACCCAACCACAGGCCCCACUUGCUAAGGGCAAAUGAACGAAGCGCCAACCUUCCUUUCGGAGUAAUCCUGACUGGGAAGGAGAGAUUUUUAGUGACAUGUUCAGUGGGCUGCUUGCUAGAAUUUUUUUUAAAAAACAACAAUUUAAAAUCUUAUUUAAGUUCCACCAGUGCCUCCCUCCUUCCUCUACUCCCACCCCUCCCAUGUCCCCCCAUUCCCCAAAUCCAUUUUAAAGAGAAGCAGACUGACUUUGGAAAGGGAGGCGCUGGGGUUUGAACCUCCCCGCUGCUAAUCUCCCCUGGGCCCCUCCCCGGGGAAUCCUCUCUGCCAAUCCUGCGAGGGUCUAGGCCCCUUUAGGAAGCCUCCGCUCUCUUCUUCCCCAACAGACCUGUCUUCACACUUGGGCUUUGAGAGCCAGACAAAGCAGCUGCCCCUCUCCCUGCCAAAGAGGAGUCAUCCCCCAAAAAGACAGAGGGGGAGCCCCAAGCCCAAGUCUUUCCUCCCAACAGCGUUUCCCCCAACUCCUUAAUUUUAUUCUCCGCUAGAUUUUAAUGUCCAGUCUUCCCUCAGCUGAAUGGGGAGGGCAUCCCUGCAAAAGGGAACAGAAGAGGCCAAGUCCCCCAACGCCAUGGCCCGGGGUUCAAGGCUAGAGCUGCUGGGGAGGGGCUGCCUGUUUUACUCACCCACCAGCUUCCGCCUCCCCCAUCCUGGGCGCCCCUCCUCCAGCUUAGCUGUCAGCUGUCCAUCACCUCUCCCCCACUGUCUCAUUUGUGCUUUUUUCUCUCGUAAUAGAAAAGUGGGGAGCCGCUGGGGAGCCACCCUAUUCAUCCCCAUAUUUCCCCCUCUCAUAACUUCUCUCCAUCCCAGGAGGAGUUCUCAGGCCUGGGGUGGGGCCCCGGGUGGGUGCGGGGGCGAUUCAACCUGUGUGCUGCGAAGGACGAGACUUCCUCUUGAACAGUGUGCUGUUGUAAACAUAUUUGAAAACUAUUACCAAUAAAGUUUUGUUUAAAAAAAAAAA